AUGGCGGCGACCAGGACUGCACCAUGGAUCAUGUGCGUGGCGCUGCUGGUUCAGGGUGUAGCUGGCGCGGCUUCCAUGAUGGUGAGCGAGGGCGUCCAUCGCGACAGCGACCCGUACAACGCCUCGCGCACGAGUGACAGUAUGAAGGAAGUGCAUGAAGUGCAGGAAGUGAGCGGCAUGCCCGCGCAGCGUUCAGCUGGUUACCUAUCUUACACCCUUGGAGGAGUCAGCCAUUGUUGCACUUGCGGUUGGAAUAGUUGGUGGACCUCGGCGACAAUUACCGAGCCAAUCGUGGCGAUCAAGAUGUCUGGCUACUGGAGAGACCAGGGCUGGGGGGGCUACAAAGGCUACAUCCGCGUUGUGGUGGGGUCGGAGGCGUAUAACUAUGGUGUGGCACCUCAUUCCAGAUCGGCGUUUUCGUUCACCUGGACAUUGCCCGCGCCCUCGGCAUCUGGCAGUCAAGUAGCGCUGUCUUACAACGUUGGGUGGGGAGGCGGGCACUGCCUCUACGUCGAUAGUGGCGCGAACCUGGCUGUGAUCACCGCGACGCCCAGCCCGACGCCCUACCCGACGCCCUACCCGACGCCCUAUCCGACGCCAAACCCGACGCCCUACCCGACGCCCUACCCGACGCCCUACCCGACGCCCUACCCGACCCCCUUCCCGACGCCCUACCCGACGCCGAACCCAACGCCGAACCCGACGCCCAACCCGACCCCCUUCCCGACGCCCUUUUCCGACGCCUUUCCCGACGCCCUUCCCGACGCCGUUCCCGACGCCGUUUCCGACAGCCUUCCCGACGCCCUUCCCAACGGGCUUCCCGACGCCGUUCCCGACGCCCAGUCCGACGCCCAGCCCGACGUAUCCUCUGGGCUGGCCGACGCCACAUCCGACGUUUCCUUCCGGAGCUCCCGUGGCGGGUGGAGCUGGCGCAGGCGUGGCUGCUACUGGCGACCCCCACCUUCAAAACGUUCUUAG